CAAAGCAUCUGGGGCAUCUCAGGACUGACUUGACUAACCGGUUGCGAGCCGGCUCUCCCAACCAGCUGCAGGCUAGCGAGGGCAGAAGGCCCGAUUGCAAGGGUCCCGGCAGCUGCUAGAGGUUCGGAUAGUCGCGGGCUCCCUGACCUCUGGGACAGCUGCCCUGGCCACCUGCGGCUCUGCCCAUGGCCUUCGCCGAGCUCCUGGAGCGAGCAGGGGGAGUGGGCCUCUUCCAGGCCCUGCAAGUUCUCACUGUCCUCCUUCCCUCCAUCUUGGUGCCCUCGCAAAUGCUCAUAGAGAACUUCCUGGCCGCCGUCCCAGGCCACCGCUGCUGGGUCCGCAUGCUGGACAAUAGCUCCGAGGCCCCCGCAAACCUCAGCUCUAAGGACCUCCUGACCGUCUCCAUCCCACCGGGCCUCAACCGUGAGCCACACCAGUGUCGCCGCUUCCGCCAACCACAGUGGCAGCUCCUGGACCCCAACGCCACGGCCACCAACCGGAGCGAGGCUGCCACGGAGCCGUGCGUGGACGGCUGGGUCUACGACCGCAGCACCUUCACCUCCACCAUCGUGUCGGAAUGGGACCUAGUAUGUGACAACCAGGGCCUGAAGCCCAUGGGCCAGUCCAUCUACAUGGCUGGGGUCCUGCUGGGGUCCAUCUCUUGGGGCUUCCUCUCUGACCGGUUCGGGCGGAAGCCGGUGCUGAGCUGGUGCUGCCUGCAGGUGGCUUUGGCCAACACUGGCACCAUCUUCGCUUCCAAUUUCCUCAUCUACUGUGGCCUCCGGUUCCUGAGCGCUUUUGGAGCAGCCGGCAUCAUCAUGAUCCCGGCGACGCUCAUGGUGGAGUGGACCACAACCCGCAGGAGGGCCGUCACCGUAACAGUGCUGGGGUGCUCCUAUAGCCUGGGCCAGAUGGCCCUGGGGGCCUUGGCCUUCACCCUGCGGGACUGGCGGGCUCUCCAGACAGCCGUAUCGAUGCCCUUCUUUGCCAUCUUCCUGAUCUCCUGGUGGCUGCCGGAGUCUGCCCGCUGGCUGAUUAUCACGGGCAAACCAGAACAAGCACUCCAGGAGCUCAGAAAAGUGGCCAGGAUAAACGGCCACAAGGAAGCCACCAAGUCACUGACCGUCGAGGUGCUCACGGCCAGCAUGGAGGAGGAGGUGGCUUCUGUGAAGGCCCGCAGGUCAGUGCUGGACCUGUUUCUCGUGCCCACGCUCCGCUGGAGAAGCUGCAGUAUGUUCCUGGUGAGUUUCUCCCAAAUGAUCUCCUACUACGGGCUGGUCCUCGACCUGCAAAACCUGGGGAGUGACAUCUUCCUCCUCCAGGUCCUCUUUGGAGCUGUGGACUUACUGGGCCGGGCCACCACCACUUUUCUGCUCAGCUCCCUGGGUCAUCGCAUGACACUGGCCAGCUUCCAGGCCAUGGCUGGCCUCUCCAUCCUGGCCAACAUCUUCGUCCCACAAGAUUUGCAGACUGUGCGCGUGGUCUUCGCUGUGCUGGGAAAGGGAUGCUUUGGCAUAAGCUUAACCUCCAUCAGUGUCUACAAGCCCGAGCUCUACCCAACUACACUGCGGAUGACAGCAGACGGCUUCCUGCAGUCGGUAGGUCGUCUAGGAGCUGUGAUGGGCCCCCUAGUCAGGAUGACUCACCAGGCCGUGCCCCUGCUGGCCCCCGUCUCCUACGGUGUCAUCCCCAUCUUGUCCAGCCUCAUCCUGUUUUUCCUCCCGGAGACCCGGGGACUCCCACUUCCUGAUACCAUCCAGGACCUGGAGAACCAGAAAUCGGCAGCAGCCAAGGGCAAGCGGCAAGAGGUGGUCAUUACAGAGAGUACCUGGUUCUAGAAAUUCUGCCUGCAUGGAGCCCCUUUGGCUGAAGAUCCCCAUGAAGGGAAUUACCUCUUCUCCAGUGGAGGAAGGAGGCAAUUUGGAGAAACCCGAGGGCCUGGCGUGGCCGGGGUCGGGCGGCCGGGCUGAGAGGCAGCAUUGAGGCCGAGGGCUGCUUUCCCACUCACUUCUGUCCCCCACCUCCCCACCCAACCUCAGCUCUGCCUAGUCCGGCCGGUUCAUAAGUUGGGUUCUGCCCCCUCCCCGCCGGGCUCCCAUCUUCACACCUUCACUCAAAACUCCAGACUCGCUUCACUGAACUGGAAGGAAGCUGCAGAUUUCUCACCUCCGGGCUCCCAGAGGGGAUCCUAGGACACAAACGGAAAGAUCUGGACAGACCGGAGUCCCAGCCCCUCUCUCACCAUCUGCAGAGUCCUCAUCUGUAAAAUGGAAAUAAUCACAGAACUUACUGGGUGUGUGUGUGUGUGUGUGUGUGUGUGUGACAGGAUUAACAGAUUUUAGCACAGAUCACAGUCCAACACGCAGAACCUGCUGCCUUUGCAGCCCAUGGGAAUAGCAGGAACUACCGGGGGCCAUGAGAGGCAUUACAAAGCCUGCAGAGUGACCGCUGGUUCCUGAGGGAGGAUGUGACUGGUGUAUCUGAGGAAUCCCACCCAUUGACAGGGGACUGAGGCCCCCUCCUCAGGAAUAACAGGAAUGGCCCCUGGUUGCCUGAUGAGAAGUGCUGUUGGCUAUGGGACCAUAUCUACAGGAGCAGGUGGGGCAGGAGUGGGGUUCAGCCAUUUGAGACCCUCCUGGUUUCCCUUACAUGUCAAGGGAACACAUCACACUGGGUCUUCAUUUGAGGUCUUACAUCACAGGGGCACCCUUGGUGUCUAACUCAAGGGGUCACCUUUGCCUAAUUCACACAACUCUCCUCCCUGUGCUGGUAGCAGCCCUUGUUGAUAGAACUGGGGGAUCAUGGAGGCUGACCACCUACUUUGAGGUAAGAAAAGUAAAGCUCAAAGAGGUGGAGGGAUACGCUUGGAGUCACAUGGCUGAGCCCA